AUGCAAGAUUAUGCACAUGAAUUGCUGAAAAGUAACCCGGGCUCUACAGUGGUGGUAGGGGUAGAUGCUGAUCAGAAAUUUGAUAAAUUUUAUGUGUGUUUUGGUGCCUUAAAAAAUGGUUUUAAUGGGGGGUGUAGACAGGUGGUUGGUGUAGAUGGAUGUCAUCUAAAAGGUCCUUUUGGGGGUGUUCUGUUAACAGCAUUAGGCAUUGAUCCGAAUAACAAUAUCUAUCCUGUUGCAUAUGCUGUUGUUGGAAAAGAAAUGAGGGUUACUUGGGAGUGGUUUUUGAGGCUUCUGAAAUCUGAUUUGGGGGUGGUUAGAGAUGAUCAGUGGUGUUUCAUAUCUGAUAAGCAAAAGGGGUUAGUUCAAGCAUUUGAGGAAGUGUUUCCUGCUUCAGAUCAUAGGUUUUGUGUAAGACAUCUACAUUCUAACUUGAAGAAUGCAGGCUUCAGGGGUUUGGCAUUUAAAAACUGUUUGUGGAAGGCUGCAAGGGCUACUACCCUUAAUGAAUUCAAAUUGUGUAUGAAACAAAUGUCAGUACUUGAUAAAACUGCUGCAGAAUGGUUUAAUGAUAAACCCCCUACACAGUGGAGUAGAUCACACUUCAAAACUGAUAUUAAGUGUGAUGUUUUAUUGAAUAAUUGUUGUGAAACAUUUAACUCGAACAUUUUGGAGGCUAGGGAGAAGCCUAUUGUGACUAUGCUUGAAUGGAUCAGAGAGUAUUUAAUGAGAAGAUUGCAGGAGAACAGGGAUAGAGCAGAACUGAAAUGGACUGGUGUUAUAUGUCCUAGGAUUGUAAAAAUAAUUGAGAAAAAUGUUGAAAAGUCUGCAGAUUGCAUUCCCAUAAAGGCUGAUUCAUCAUAUUAUCAAUUAAACUGUUUUGAUGGUUCACAACAUUCAGUUGAUUUGGACAAAAGAAGCUGUUCUUGCAGGAAAUGGAAUUUGAAUGGCAUCCCAUGUAAACAUGCUUGUAGUGCCAUAUUGUGUAAAGGUGAUGAUCCUAUUAAGUAUGUGAAUGAGUGCUAUAGUGUGGCAUCUUAUAAGAAUGUUUAUAAGACUGCAAUUAUGCCUAUGGUUGGUAGAGAUUUGUGGACUGCUACACAAUUCAUCCCUCCUUUGCCACCAAACUUUGGUAGGGGGGCUGGUAGGCCUCCAAAAUCUAGAAGGAGGGAACCUGAUGAGAUAGUGUCAAAGCAGAAGAAAAUUGGUAAAGGAAAACCACAGAACAGGUUGAAAAGAGUGCAGAAGACUGUCAAGUGCAGCAAAUGCGGCAAGGAGAAACACAAUGCUCGAAGAUGUCCACUGAAGAAUCUGCAAGAAGAUACACAAGUCACUGAUGCAUUUAGUCAAGUGAUACAAGAAAUCAAAGAAAAAGAGGCUCAUGAAAGCAAGAAAAGAAGGGUAAGACUGAAUAUCUAA